UUAAGGUCUAUCUUCGUUGGCCAAGUGCGAAGUUUACGUCUGUUUUCACGUGCCAAGCGUAUAUAACCGCGUCGUUUUCAUCAAAGUAUUUAUUUUAUACUUAAAUACAACAAUUAUUUAGAAAAAUGAAAGUUAAGAAGGUAAAGACUCAAAGGACAUCUGCUCUAAGUAAAGCAGUUAGUAAUGUGACGCAAAUUAUUAAGAAAAAAGAUAAGGGCAUUGUCAAAAAGAAAUCUAUAGAAAAAGCAGCAGAAACAGAAGUCAAUGCACAAGAAGAGAAACCAUUUGUUUCUACAAGAGGUUUGGUAUACAUUGGACACAUUCCGUAUGGAUUCUUUGAAGAUGAAAUGAAAGAGUAUUUUGAACAGUUUGGUAAAGUUACCAGAGUAAGAGUAGCUAGAUCUAAAAAAACUGGAAAAAGUCGAGGAUAUGGUUAUAUAGAGUUUCAACUUCCAGAAGUAGCUAAGAUAGCUGCCGAAACUAUGAACAAUUAUUUGAUGUGUGGUAGACUUCUGAAAGCUACAUAUAUUCCACCUGAAAAACAACAUUUUGGAUUUUUUGCUGGAAAACCAUGGACUUCCAAAAUAUAUCCAAAAAUCAAUAACAGGAUAAAAGAGCUUAAGAAAAAUGAAAAUUCAAUUAGCCAGACGCAAUACAAGAAGAAUGUUAAGAAAUCUUUGAAACAGCUUUCUGCUUUGGAACAAAAAUUAAAAAGUUCUGGGGUAAACAUAAAGUUUAAACCUAAAGAUGUUCCUAAAUGAUAUAGAUUAAGCAUAGAUAUUUUAUUUCAUUAAAACUACGUUAUAAUUAUAUUUAUAUCAGAAUAAAUAAAAUUUUUGUACAUAUAAAUUACAAUUAUUCUGUUUAAUUGUCAUUUUAUUUUAAAAAUGUAUAAUCAGUUGGAUUUCUUAGAACUGAAAAUUCAUCAAUAAGAAUACUAUUAAAAGACUAUUCUCUUAACUAAAA